UGCGCGCGUCGACACAAGAGAACCUGCCAGCGACCAUGAACAUGCAAGACACGGACGCCCAGCGCCAAGCAUGGGAGGCCGAACAGGCAGAGAUGAAAUGCGCCAUGAACAUGACGAGCACCGUGGACGAGAGCCGCCUCACCCGCGUCGGCGGCGUCGAUAUCUCGUUCCUCAAGGGCACCAAUGACGCCUGCGCAACCCUUGUUGUCCUUUCGUAUCCCGACCUCAAGGUGCUUUGUGAAGCCUCUUGCUACACAAACCUGACGCUGCCCUACAUCCCAACGUUCCUUGGCUUUCGUGAGCUACCGGCGCUCCUACCCCUCUUCGACUUGAUCCCAGAGGACCUGCAGCCGCAGCUCGUCUUUGUCGAUGGCAACGGGCGACUGCAUCCGCGUGGCUUUGGCAUUGCGUCGCACUUGGGCGUGGUCAAGACGCUGCCGACGAUUGGCGUUGCCAAGACGUUUCUGAACGUCGACGGUCUCGCCAAGUCCCAUGUUCGCGCGCUCGUCGAGGACGCCAAGGCGAUCCAGCGCGACGACUCGACCAACGACGACGUGGUCGUACCGCUGCGUGGCGAGUCGGGCACGGUAUGGGGCUCGGCGCUGUGCACGAAAGGCAUUCAAAACCCUAUCUACGUUUCGAUUGGUAAUCUUAUUACACUCGAGCAAGCGGUCGCGCUCACGCAGGCAACGUCGCUCUUCCGCGUACCCGAGCCGAUUCGACAAGCCGACUUGCGAUCGCGCGCCAUCAUUCGAGCAUGGGAAGCCGACGGUGUCGACACGGGCUUUUGCGCUUACACGGGUCCCUAAGCUCGACUGCGCUGGUUUCGUUGGCGUGACUAUCAAGUGGCUUGAUAAUAAAGAUCCGAUUCUAGAAAUUUCUCGAAUGUACGUCGCGGUAUAAAACCAAUCAAAUCGACGGGCGCCA